ACUAGCCUUUUUAACUUCCGGAUCAACAAAAACACGUGAAAUUUCAUCUUGUCAUGAAAUAUUUUAUAGAUCUCUUUCCAAAAUAGUGUCUAAGCAAAAAGAACAAUGUCGAAAGAUAAUAUAGAACUAGCAACAGAAAAUAAUGAAACGGACUUUGUGCCAGUGAGAUCAAAAAAGACAAAAUCCAGAAAAAGAAAACUUGAUCACUCGGAUCAGUCACAAGUUAUGCAAACAGAUUCUGGAUCAACAAGUGAAACAAAAAAUGAAAUGGACAUUGAUGAAAGUCAGCCAUCUGCAAACAAAAGACCUAACUUCCCUCCUAUAAGUGGAGACAAACUUAAAGGUGGAAAAACAGAAUUUAGAAAGGUUCCAGUACCCCAAAAUAGAUAUGGACCUCUAAAAGAAAACUGGAUGAAAAUUUUCACACCAGUGGUAGAACACCUUCAUUUACAGAUCCGGUUUAACCUUAAGUCAAGAAAUGUAGAAAUAAAGACAUGUAAAGACACUAAAGAUAUUGGAGCAUUACAAAAAGCUGCUGACUUUGUAAAAGCAUUUACACUUGGCUUUGAAGUUGAUGAUUCUCUGGCACUUGUCAGAUUAGAUGACCUUUAUUUAGAAUCUUUUAAAAUCACAGAUGUAAAACCUUUGAAGGGCGAUCACUUGUCAAGAGCCAUUGGCCGUAUAGCUGGUAAAAAUGGUAAAACAAAAUUUACCAUAGAGAAUGUCACCAGAUGUCGGAUUGUGUUAGCAGACAGUACUGUACACAUCCUGGGGUCUUUCCAAAACAUAAAGGUGGCAAGAACAGCAAUAUGCAAUUUAAUUUUAGGGAGCCCACCAUCAAAGGUUUAUGGAACUAUGAGAACAAUUGCAGCAAGAUCUACAGAAAGAUUUUAAUGGAAAUAAACACUAAAAUGAAACAAAACCUUUGCUUUUUGAUAUUUCUUACCAGAUAUUUCUGCUCAUUGAUCAGCAGGGGGACAGAUGAUCCAUUAUCCACUAUGAUCACAUUUUGUUUAUGGCAUCCUAGACUAGCUCCAAAGGAAAUCAUUAUAAAAUCUUUAAAUAACAUUUGAUAUAUACAUUCAAACUUUUUUCAUACAGGUCACAUGUAAACUUAACAAAUGAUGAAAAUGGAAAGAUAACAAAAAAGGAACACCAUAUUGAACUGCUUAGAUUGUUUAACAUCUUAGUAAAGUCACAAUAACACUACCAAUUUGCUUCAGGUGGCAAAAUACUCAAGCUAUCAAUGCUAAGUGAGAGGUGUUCAGCUGUAUCUAAAGAAGGUAAUUACGUCAUGAGCAUCUGCAGAUACCACAAGUAAAAUUAGACAUUUGGUGUCUGCCUUAAAUAUGCCCAUGAUAUAGUUUACUACACCAUGACUAUAAAUUUGAAAGUGGUAUUAAGCAAUAGGAUCUAUUUUUAUAAGAUAAUGACUUUUUAUUCUAAUGUAAUAAAAGAGAAAUACUUAUA